AUGAAUACCAAACAUCCAUUUCAAAUUUGUUAUAUUGGAAAUUAUACAAUGUUUGACCUACUGAUUCAAAUAGUUGGCCAAAAUCAACCCACCACCCCAAGACAUGGUUGUUCGUCAGUUGUUAUCUUCAAAUGCUUUGCAGAAGACCAUGAUUAUCUCAAAUACCUAAAUCAAUUUGCAGUAUGCAUGGUACAUAUAACCUGUUACAUCAUUCUCUGUUCCAUCCACAAGACCAAACACUAUUACAUUCAUCUUCACCUGCCAUGUUCUAACCUUGAUAUACCCAUCAUGCACGUCACCACAUAA